GAACGGCGCCAGCCGCCAGUUGCCAUCCACACCUAUCUCCCCGCUCCCGCCGCUCCUCUUGCCUCGCCGCCAAAAUUUUUCCCCCGAAAUUUUCAAAUCAUCUCUCCCGUGGCACGGCGCGCGGCGCGCCUCCCCGUCUUCUCCUUCCCUCGCAAGCAAAAGCUUGGGCAGGCGCCAAUCCCAUCCCGAAUUUCGGAUUCAAAAUCUCCCCCAACUCCCUUCCACUCCCCCUAUAAAUCAACCCCACCGCUGCCCAUUCCCUACUCAUCACACAAUCCCCCCCGAAAUCCUCCAAUCCCCGCACCCCUCGGAUCUUCCAGCCUCUCCGACGAUGCCUUCCGCGGCGGCGCUCGUUCCCGCGUGCGACCUGGAGGAGCCGUUGCUGGCGGAGUCGUCGGACCGCUUCUCCAUGUUCCCGAUCCGGUUCCCGCAGAUCUGGGAGUUCUACAAGAAGGCGGUGGCGUCCUUCUGGACCGCCGAGGAGGUGGACCUCUCCGCGGACGCGCGCCACUGGGACGCCGCGCUCUCCCCCGACGAGCGCCACUUCAUCUCCCACGUGCUCGCCUUCUUCGCCGCCUCCGACGGCAUCGUGCUCGAGAACCUCGCCUCCCGCUUCAUGUCCGACGUGCAGGUCGCCGAGGCGCGCGCCUUCUACGGCUUCCAGAUCGCCAUCGAGAACAUCCACUCGGAGAUGUACUCGCUGCUGCUGGAGACGUACAUCCGCGACGGCGCCGAGAAGGACCGCCUCUUCCGCGCCAUCGAGACCGUCCCCGCCGUGCGCCGCAAGGCCGACUGGGCCAUGCGCUGGAUCGACGGCGGGGAGCGCUUCGCCGAGCGCCUCGUCGCCUUCGCCUGCGUGGAGGGCAUCUUCUUCUCGGGCUCCUUCUGCGCCAUCUUCUGGCUCAAGAAGCGCGGCCUCAUGCCGGGCCUCACCUUCUCCAACGAGCUCAUCUCCCGCGACGAGGGUCUGCACUGCGACUUCGCCUGCCUCCUCUACGACCUCCUCCGCGGCAAGCUCGACGAGUCCCGCGUCCGCGAGAUCGUCGCCGACGCCGUCGACAUCGAGCGCGAGUUCGUCUGCGACGCGCUCCCCGUCGCGCUCGUCGGGAUGAACGGCGCGCUUAUGAGCCAGUACAUCGAGUUCGUCGCCGACCGCCUGCUCAUGGCGCUGGGGCACAAGAAGAUGUACAACGUCGCCAACCCCUUCGACUGGAUGGAGCUCAUCUCGCUGCAGGGCAAGACCAACUUCUUUGAGAAGCGCGUCGGGGAGUACCAGAAGGCGUCCGUGAUGUCCAGCCUCAGCGGCGGCGCUGCUGCGAACCAUAUCUUCAGUAUCGAUGAGGACUUCUGAGCUGACAUUUGUGAUCGCGCGCUUAAUUUGUUGCUCCGUUGAUAAUCUCAAGUCAUAACCUUAUUGUACUUUUUCUUGCAUGCUAGACUAGAUGUAGUAAAGGUAAUUAGUGUUCUGGAUGAUGCAAGAUGGUGUUUCAGUUGCUGUGUUAUCACUUGUCAGGUCCUGUUCGUUUGAUAAUAACAUGUCAAUACAACGGUUGUUCUUAA